GAUAAGGAUGUUAAAACUAAUGUAAACAUUAAUAGUUUUUUUUUACUUAUAUAUAAACAUUUCCUCUAUUUUCUUAACUUAAAAUUAAAUUUUGUCUUUAAAUAUAUAAUGCUAAAAUAGAAAUGAGUGAUGGACGAACAACAAUCAGUCUGCGAAAGUGCGGAAACAAGUUCUUUAUGUGAAGAAGAACGUGCAAGAAAAUUAUUUCAAGCUUGUGACGGUGAUGGUGAUGGUUUCAUAGAUAGUCGAGAUUUGUUGACUAUAUGUCGUCAGUUAAAUCUUGAAGACAGUGUUGAUAAACUGAUGAAAGAACUAGGUGCAGAUAAAACUGGAAGAAUAUCAUUUGAUGAGUUUGUUAGGCGACGUUUAGAGUUAAGAACUGAAAUAAAUGCUUUACGUGUUCACAACCAUGAUCCUCUUCCAGAAUAUUUACCAACUAGUAGUGAUAAUAGCUUAGGUGCAUUAUCUGGAGGUAAACAUGAAAGUUGGGAAUUCGAUAGUGGAGCUAGAGAUCUAAGCCCUGAACCUAAUUCAAUACGAAUGCAACAUUUAUUACAAAGUGGAAGUUCCGCAAAUACUGGCAGUUUACUUCAUCUUGCUAAUAAAUUACAUUUAGCAGCCUUAAAGUCAUUAAAAACUGAAAUCACUGAACUUAAUAAACAAUUAACAUUAGCAACUGAGAAAAAUGAAGCUCUUGAAGAAUCCAUAAAUUUAAUUAAAGUUGAAACUGAAAAUGAAAUUAAACAAAAAUAUGAAGAAAGAAUAAUUGAGCUGCAUUCAGUUAUUGCUGAACUUGCUCGUAAAUUACAAUUACAGAGAUCCCAGAUAAUUACUGAAGAAAUUGAAGAAAGUCAAUCAGAAUUGGAUGUACAAAGUGUUGAAACAUUUUCAUUAAUUCAAGAAUCAGUUUCUUUAUCUAAAGAGGGUGAUGAUAUUCAAUGUUUCAAUGAUGAUGAAACAAAAAACAAUAAGUAUAUGGAUAUAUAUACUAAACUAGCUAUGAAAGAUGAAGAAUUAAAACUUACUCAAAAAAAGUUACAAGAAGUUACAGAAGAAAAAGAAUUAUUAUUAAAAUUUCAAGAUGCAGAUAGUAGCUACUCGCCUGGGCCAAUGUCUCCUAGUCGUUUACUUAAAGAAACAUCAAAACUAGCAGAGAAAGUAAAAUUACAAAAAUUGAUGGAUGACACUGCUGAAAUAGAAAAAACUAAAGUUGUAAUUCUUCAAAAGAUAGAACUAGAUGAAUGUAAACCAACUAUUUCCAGUGAUUUUGUAAUAUUAGAGCCUAAUAACACAGAAAUUUUAAUGUGUCAAGUUGAACAAUUACAAGCUCGGUUAGAUUAUGUUCGCUCUCAAAUGGCUGUAUUGGAAUUAAUGUUUGAGCAAUCAGCUACCCAAACUGACAAACUUUAUUUGUUAUUGGGUAAAUAUGAAUCUAAUAUGAUUGCUUUGAAGUUAGAAGUCAAUAUUGGAGAAGAAAUCAUGAAUUGCUAUUCAACGUUACUAUCAAUUUCUGAUGGAACUGCAACUGAAGAAGAAAUUAAAAUGAAAGAUACUAUUAUUGAGCAGUUACACCACUUAGAUGAAGAAAAGAAAAAAAUUGGAUCAACUGUUGUUGUUUUGGAAUCGUAUCAUUCUAAUGAAAAUGAUUUACCAAAACUGAAAAGUCGAAGUCAAAUAACCCCAAUCGACUUAGAAAUGGCUGUACUUGUGCAAGAGUUGAUGAGUGUUCGUGAAGAAAAAUUUGAUUUGCAAGAACGAUACUUAGAAUUACAAAAACAAUAUGUAAACGUGAAAAAACAUUUAUCUGAUAGUGAAGAAAAGUCUAAAAUUGAUUUCAAUACAAUUCGAGAGUUAGAACGGCAAUUAAAAGAAGAUAAUUUUGAGUGUGUAGAGGGAAUAAAUAUUAAAUUGAAGAAUCAAUUAAAAGAAGUUACAUCAGCAUUACAACAGAUGACAAAAACUUCUGAUGCUAGACAAAAACAGAAUACUUCAUUAAUUGAAAAACUCAAAACAGAAAAUAGUUUACUUGAACGUAAUUUAGAGAGAUCUAAACGUAAAUCACAUUUACGUUUGAAAAAAUUGGAAUCAGAAAUUGAAAUAAUGGUUGAAAACCAUUCUCUUCAGGUUAACAUGUUAAAAGAAAGAAUAAGUGUACUUGAAAAAACUCUAGUAAAUUCUGGAAAUCAAAAUAAAAUUACAGAAAGAAGCGAAACUACUUUAUAGUACAUGAAAUGAUUCUUACUGUGAAACACAUUUAAUCUUUGAAUGAACAUUUAUAAAAUGUUUUACUUGAAAUACUAUAUAUUUUUUCAAAUUUAACAUCCAUUUCUUGUAUUAUUAGGAAAAUUUGAUUUUAACUAUAUCAGAUCUAGUCUUUAAAUGUACUUUUACUAUAUUAAGAUAAUUAUUUAUUGCUUUUUAAAAGCUUAUUGAUUAUACAAUAGCUUUUAUAGGCUAUUUAACAAGACUUGAAUUCUUAAUAAUCUCAACUUUGAUCAAAUUAUACAUCUUUUUAUUACAACUGUAGCUUUUAUACUUCACAUUAACAAAUCAAACUUA